AUGCUCAAAGAAGAACAAGAGAAGCGCGCGAGGGCAGCUGCAUCUGCUGCGAAAAAGGCCGCCAAAGCAUCAGCGUCUGGUUCCUCUCACCGCCCAUCCUCGUCCAAUCCCACGAAGCGAACAGCAGAAGUGUCUUCAGCUGCGGGAUCGUCUAAGAAGGCGAGAGUCAAUUCGAAUCCACCAAAGGGUCUCAAGAAGGGGGUUAAGUCUAGAGAUAUUCCAGUUGCCAAUCGUCUCGUAUCUGCCUCAGCCACAGGCAACGGCGAGCAUCCUGUAGAUUCUUCAAGCCACGGUCCGUCCUCAAGCACCAAUGCUGUUCUGACUUGCCCAUGCUCAGAUGCUAGUCGGACAUCUCAAGCUCGAGCCUCUGCUGCGACAAUCAACCUGGUCCAGCUUGAACAAGCUUUUGAAAUUUACCAGUCGAAACUGAGCAAGUUGUGCAAAGAGCAGAGGCAAGCUGGAACCCUCACAGAAGCAGAUGAGAAUCAGAAAUUCAAUUGUGUGAACGAGCUGAUUGCCCUGAAUGAUCUUCGAGACGCUGAAGACCCCACCAUCUUAUACCAGAAGUGGCAGGAUCACCCAGAGGACUUCUGGGUGACUUCGAGAGGUGGCAGCGUUUGGGGAUGUAGGGGGCGCUAA